AUAUGAAAUUUACCGUAGUUAAGAAUAACAAUUCGUUACGAUUGUUACGAAAUAAUUAAUUUGCGCUCGUUGUUUUGCUUCUCGCUCGUGUUCUUCCUUCUUUAGUCAGUCUUUUACGCUCUCUAGUGGUCGUGUUUGGUAACUUUAGUGUUCCAAUUACUAUAUUUUACAGUGUCUCUCUGUGUCACACUGUGUAACACCAGGCUCUUCUUGUUGGAAAGCACCCACCGUUAAGCGGUUAACGGAGCGGAGCGCGCGAGCGGCGCGAGUUGCAGUUCGCUGCUCCGAGAGACUUUUAAGCGACGAUCGAGAGAUGACGAGAGUUAUCGAGCAACGCGCGUCUAGAUACACAUGACACUUGAAGAGAUAAGCAGAUCCACCUAUCGGAGUAGAACGUCUUCCUCGACUAACCUACUUUCUCGAGAAGAUACGAUAUUGUGACUGGUCAAUUCGUUCGUCGUUUACCAUGUCCGAGUGUUUCCGUAUGUUCUCGGCCUAACACUUGGCAAUCGGGUGAUUCCUCUCUCGGGAAAACUUCGGCGGAUAGAAAUACAUAGAAAGAAAGAACUCUCGAACGUGGUCGACGUCGACGGCCGACGUACUCCGACGUGACGACAAGCAGCGCAACGAAGAUCCUUGUGAAAUAAUGUCACACCAGACAGGAAUCAAAGCCAAUGAUGCAUUGAAGAAAUUGUUCGCGAAAUGCCGUGACGGAAAGAUACGAGUGCUAAAGAUUUCGAUAGAGAAUGAGGAACUAACUCCAGCUUCUAGUUUAAAGCCAAUCAACAAAUGGCAAGACGACUAUGAUAAGAUGAUCAAGCCACUGAUUGUGGAGAAUCAACCGGCUUAUAUCCUUUAUAGAUUGGACACAAAAUCACCAGAUUCCGGCUACGAUUGGUUAUUUAUAUCCUGGUCUCCCGAUACGGCGCCGGUACGGCAGAAGAUGCUUUAUGCCUCCACUAAGGCUACGCUGAAGCAGGAAUUUGGUACAGCCUCAAUAAAGGAAGAGUUACACGGCACCGUCCCGGAGGAUAUUACAUUAGAUGGUUAUCACAAACAUAAGAGAAAUGAUACAGCGCCUGUACCGUUGACAACGGCGGAGGAGGAAUUAGCUGAAUUGAAGAAGACCACCGCGACUACGGACUACAACGUUGAAACGAGACAUCAAACGUUGAGCGGCGUGGCUUUCCCAGUAACGGAUGAAGCCAAGCAAGCCAUCACGGAACUGGGCAAAGGGAUUCACGAAUAUAUCCAAUUAAAAAUUGAAUUGGAAGAGGAAAAGAUACAUUUAGUCACAGCCUGUGAUGUUUCGUUGGAUAAAUUACCUACUAAAGUUCCAUCCGAUGCUGCUAGAUAUCAUCUUUAUAAUUUCAAGCACACUCACGAAGGAGAUUACACAGAGAGCAUAGUUUUCAUAUAUAGCAUGCCAGGAUAUAAUUGCAGUAUUAAAGAAAGGAUGUUAUAUUCCUCGUGCAAAGCGCCUCUGCUUGAUUUAAUUCAGUCUCUAGGAGUAACCAUAAUAAAAAAGUUGGAAGUAAAUAGUGCAGAGGAAUUGGCAGAUAAGCUGGAAGAUCCUCCAAGCAUAAAAGACUCAGCUGCAAUAACUCCUGCAACUCCGUCAACACCUUGUGCUCCUACUCAAUCCAUACCAGAGAAAAAAUCAAAACCGAAACGAUCUUGUGUCUUGAGCUAAAACUGGCUUAAAGCAUUUGUCUCUGCCAUUAUUAUUGCUUCUUGCUAAUUGAAGUGUUUAUGAUGUUUUGUGCAUCAAAAUAUCUUCCUUCAUGAAUUCCAGAAUUGUGAUAGUAUGAUAUUGACAUAGGAUGUCAUUUAAAAUAAAGUAAUGGGUUUCCAAUGUUUCACGUUAGAGCAAAUUACAAUUAUCUAAUUAUAUAUAUAUAAAUAUAUGUUAUGAGAUAAUUUGCAAGUAGCAAAAAAAUGUAAUGCAUCAUGCAACGGAAAAUUAAUCUGUGUUGUUUAUCAGCAUUUAGAAUUAAUUUAUCAAAGUGAUACGUAAAUCUAAGUAGCAAAACAGAGUAGACCAGAUGGUGUAUUUUUCUAAAUUUUAAAAGCAAAAUUAUCAUUGUGGAAGGCUUUCUGCAAAACACCAUUAUAACUAUUGAUAAUAAGUGUGACAUGCCUAUAGUACAGAUAACCCCAUAUAGUUCAUGUUUCACAUACAGGUACUGUAUGAAAUUAUUCAUUUAUGUGAAGAAUAGUACCGAGAUGGAAUUAGAUUACUUUGUUUGACAUUGAAAGCUAAGCCUCACUUUUUAAUUUUUAUACUUAGUAU